GAGAGAAUAUGCUCCUUCGGCAGAUCAUUUGAGCAGCGUCAAUAACCUGACCUUUGAACAAAAAGAAAUGCUCCUUCGCUCUUCAAAGUCUCCUGCCUUACUCAAGAAGAACUCUUCCUUCUCAAAUGUCAUGCCUACAUUUUCUUUAAAAGCAACUUUUGGUCUUAAAAACAAAUCUAAAUUGAACAUGCAUCACUUUUCGUCAGACGCAGACCUCAAUCGUCUCUUUCACACAGACAGUAGCAUGAACCCAACAACAGCAACAGCAGCUGGUAAGGCAAAGACGGCACCUACUGCACGAUACCGUCGUACAAGAGCAUCUUUGUACAAUGGUACCGGAAUUGGACCUAGCGAGAACGGAGGCAUCAGAAGCACUAGUCGCCGAAGCAAACUAAAGUCAACUCCUGAAUACUUUGUCCAUUUGCUUCAGAUGACUCAUGUGCGUGAUCUGGAUGAUGCAGAAGUGCUUGACCUUCGUGUGUUUCUGAGAAGUGUUGUCGUCAGCUGGACAAGUGAAUUCUUGGCCCUUGGAGGUUAUGACGCCAUUGCAAACCUAUUCAAGCAGAUGAAAGAGGCACCCAAGCGACAUCCGAACGAUAAUAGGAUUUUGCAGCAUCUCGGUAAAUGUCUAAAGACAAUCAUGACGCAUCAACCGAUGGGCACACAGAUCGUCCUUUUGAACCCGGUAGCCCUUUUGCAUGUUCGUGACAUCCUCUUUGGACCCGCCAGUAAGAAACAAAAACAAGUCUAUGGGCUUGAAAUUAGUACCCGCAGUCUGCUGUUGAAUCUGCUAUGCACAUUAGCUACACUCCAGACUAACUGCUCACCAAACGUCGAGUACGUCCAUGGUUAUGAUGUCCUCCGUCGCUUAUUGCUUGAUAGACCCACAGAUCGAUUAGUGGAUGACGAAGAAAAGAAGAGUCAACAGAAACACAGUGCUCCAUUCCCCAUGACUCUCAAGACCGACCCACAGGAAAUUCUGCAGAUGAUUAUGGAAAAUGAUCCGAAUGGUCAGAUUAUUGGUAGAGAAUACGAGUGGGAUCGUGACGAAUUAAAGCCAAGGUACACCGCCUGGAUGAGAGAACUACAGUACACAGUUGAGCGACAUAUUGAGACAAUCACGUUUUUGGCCCAAGUGCUCAACUAUGACUUUAAGAGUGCUUACCGACAAAUCAAGGCAAAGCAAGGUGUAAAUGAUACAUACUCGUCCGAAGGAGCAAAUAGUCAAAACGAAGAAGACAGUUCUGGUACAGUCAUGACGGAGGAAGGCGUUGUGGACUACAUUGUAAGUUAACUCUCGCUUUAGUUUCAGGAAUACAUUCUUAUAAAACAUGUUUCACAGGUUACACAUCUACGCCUCAUCCGUACUGUAGUCACUACGCCACCAACAAGCUAUGUUGGUUGCUAUGACGAACGCGAGCAGGAAAAGAUAAGACUGGAAUUGAUGCUGUCGGGAUUUGAUAAAAUCUCCAAGGUAAGCCUUUGAAACCAUCACGCAGAUGUGGAAUGACAGACUAAGUGAAA